AUGGUUUCAACAAGUAUUUUUCAAGAAACCUACCAAUCCUUUUUCUUAGUGUUUCUUCUUGCAUUACCCCUGCUUUUCUUCAUCUUAAAACAAAAAUUUUCUAAUGCUUCACCUCUUCCACCAGGCCCCAAACCGUGGCCGAUUAUCGGAAACCUACUUCACAUAGGUAACAAGCCCCAUGUUGCCUUCCUUAAACUAGCCGAAGUUCAUGGUCCUCUCAUUUCGCUCCGCCUAGGGAGUCAACUAGUUGUAGUAGGUUCCUCAAGGGCUGCAGCUAUCGAAAUCCUGAAGACCCGUGAUCAAGAACUCUCCGGUCGGUGUGUGCCUCAUGUGUCAUUUGCAAAGGAUCCUGAAAUGAAUAAGGAUUCCAUUGCUUGGACGUUUGAGUGCACAGACAAAUGGAAGUUCUUUCGUACACUCAUGAGGACUGAACUUUUCUCUUUAAAAGUUGUUGACGGCCAAUCAACUGUAAGAGAAAAAAUGGUCCGAAGAAUGAUGGAUUUUUUGAGUAAAAAAGGAGGAGUUUCGGUCCAAAUUCGUGAAGUUGUGUUUGUGUAUACAUUUAAUACGUUAGCAAAUAUUUACUUAUCGAAAGACUUGAUAGAUUUUGAAGGUGGAGAGAGUGAAAGAGUGAGUGUACUUGUAAGGGAAAUGAUGGAACUGUUCACAGCUCUAAAUGUAUCGGAUUUGUAUCCCAUACUUGGUGGUUUGGAUCUUCAGGGUCUGAGUAGAAAGACCAAUGAGUGUGUCGGAAAACUUCGUGAUUUAUGGGAAAGCAUUAUCAAAGAAAGAAGAGAAAGCAAAGAUGCUGAUUCUUGUUCGAGCAAUCAUAAAGAUUUUCUUGAUGUUUUGCUCGAAAGUGGAUUUUCUGACGAGCAGAUCAGUUUUACUUUCGUGGUAUGCAUUGAUUUCUCUGGUCAGAACAUUUUGAUUCUGUUUUUCUACAAAUUAUGCAAAACUUUUAGCUUUAGCUUGGCAUGUGUAAUUUGA